AUGGUUACUACCGGCAAGUCGCACCCGGGUGUCGAUCCCCUGCACCGGCUUCCACCCACCGCUGCCCCCCCUGAGGCUAUCGCGACCUCGCCGCCGUCGAAACGUGACUUGGCUUCGUGGUGGAGACAAUUCAAGAGAAAUACCAGAAAGGAGGAACCGAAAGAAAAACCCCAGGGUAUCUUCGGCAUCCCCCUCAACGUCAGCAUCAAGUACGCCAACGUCGCUAUCUCCCUUACGAACGACAACGGCGAGAGCUUUAUCUACGGAUACGUGCCCAUCGUGGUCGCAAAAUGUGGAGUCUAUUUGAAAGAGAAAGCGACCGACGUUGAGGGCAUCUUCCGUCUGAGCGGCUCUGCAAAGCGCAUUAAAGAUCUUCAGGAAAUCUUCGACUCCCCCGAGCGUUAUGGAAAAGGUUUGGAUUGGACUGGCUAUACUGUGCAUGAUGCGGCGAACGUUCUUCGGCGCUACCUGAACCAGCUGCCGGAACCGAUCGUCCCGCUAGACUUUUACGAACGGUUUCGCGAACCCCUACGGACGUAUCAACGACAGGUCCAGGAACAGAUUCAGAACAACGCCCCGCCCGCGGACACCGAGGCCUUCGACCAUGCCAAAGCGGUCGCGGCCUACCAGCAGUUGAUCCGCGAGCUACCCCCGUUGAACAAACAGCUUUUGCUCUAUAUCCUCGACCUGCUGGCUGUCUUCGCGUCCAAGUCUGAUCAGAAUCGCAUGACUUCGGCCAAUCUGUCCGCCAUCUUCCAGCCAGGAUUGUUGUCGCAUCCGCAGCACGACAUGUCUCCAGACGAAUACAAGCUAAGCCAGGAUGUCCUGAUCUUCCUGAUCGAAAACCAAGACCACUUCUUGUUUGGAAUGAACGGCACCGCCGCUGACGAGCAGACGGUCAAGGAGGUCGAAGGGGGUCUGGCCCGCCGGCCCACCACUCAUUCCAACAUUCGACGCUCGGUGUCGAGUGCCAGUGGCGGUGCGGAGAGCUUCCGAAAGUAUGGAAGUCUGCGCCGGAAUGUGUCUGUCUCGUCGAAGAAUUCCCGCAACUCCAAUGCUGCAACCCCUGCUACGCCGACCUCACUGGGUGGUGUGGGGGUACAUCGCAGCAACACAUUGCCGUCUAAGAUGACGCCCGUGAUUCCUCCAUCACGGUAUGGACGACCGGUGGAUAACACAGGGGUCAACUCAUCGGCACAUACUUCUGCGCAACACUCGCGAUCGUCCAGCCGUGCGCCUGCACCUGCUGAGGACACCCCUCAACCUCUACCCCAGCCUCAACCUCAGCCUGCUCCUCAACCCCAGGUUGCUCCUCAAGCUCAGGCUCAGCCUCCUCAACCCGAGCUUGCACCCCCAACCCAGAUUGCACCGCAACCUCAGCAUGCGCCCGAACCACAACCUGAGUUGCCCCAGACCAAUGCUCGGAUGAGCCCUGCACCUAACCAGGUUGCCCAGGGCACUCCCCCGCCGACAAAUGGUCAGGGAUCCAUAACCGAGGUGGUAGAGCCAGGGACAGGGAUCGUCUACGUUCACUCGUCCACACACGGACCCGUACCAAAGACUGCGCUUGAGAAUGGAAAUGGACUUGGCGAUACGAAACCUGCCACCGCAAAUCCCAGUGUGGAGAAGCCCGCUGUUGAACAGACCAUUGCAGAAAAGCCAGUUGUGCAGCAGCCCAUCGCCCAAAAGCCCGCUCAGACUCCCAUUGCUGAGAGGCUGAUGGCAGAGAGGCCUAUCCCACACCCUGAACAGACAAGUACGGAGAAGCUUGGUGACAGACCUACCAGUGAACGGCCCAUCCUGCGGGAAGGAUUGCCACCCAUAGCUGCUUCACCCCCGCCGGCGGUGGUGACGCCGACGCGGGAACGCAAGCUCUCUAGUCUCUUCUCCAAGUCACCGCCACCAAGUGGUGAGCAUAAAGAGCCGCGACAGCCAAAUCGCUUGAAGAAGAAGCGAAUCCCUGGCAGCGCGAGUGAAAGUGCGCAAAGCUCGUCCCAGUCGCUGCAGGCCGCAACAUCGGAUACUGGGUUGGCAGCGAUCUUGCAUACUUCCCGACACGCGGAGGUCAACAAUGAUGCUGGAGGAGCGACACCACGAGCCCCCAACACUACGAGUUCUGAUGAUCUGAGCCCGCCACGAGAAGGCAGGCCAGAGAAGCAGCUGUUGCCGCACGAAGGUGGACAGCAGGCAGGCGACACAUCGCUGCGGCCUUAUGGCUCACGGACCCCAUCGAUGAACUCUCGGUCAUCGUUCACCGAUUACUCGGAUGCUGACCCUACCGAUGAUGCGUCGCGAGCGGAGCGUAAGGAGCAUCGCCGCAGCUGGCGGUUCCCGCGCUCAUCUAAACGCAGCAACGAGCAUAUUGGCUUGGGACUUGCCUCACCACCGCUCAUCGCCACGACACCUGGUGCCGACCGGAGCACUAGCUCGAUCGGCAGUUGGCACCACUCUAGCAGAAGCUCACCCUCGGAUUUGCAGCAAUUUGCAAACGAUCCGUCCUACCAACCUCUGAGCUUGGACGCGGAAGUCAGCAACAACGGGGCCGCUAAGGACGCAUCUCUGGCUGAACCCGAGAAGCGCAGCCUGUUUGGCAAGUUCAAAGCCAAGGUUGCGCAAGUGCGAGAUGGUGUUAAGGAGUCCACGGAACGGGACCGGACGAGAAGUCCUGUAAACUCAGAGGCCGACCUGUCCGUGUCGAGCCACACCCUAUCACCAUCUGGGAAGGAUAGUCUGCGAAACCGGCCUGCUCCGAUCGAUGUGACUAGCUAUCCUAAAGAGGGACAACUAAGUUCACCGGUCUCUCCGCUGCCGGGUUCGGGACUGCCGCCGGCGAUCCCUGAGGAACCACGGACACCGGAGAGUCCAGUUGCGGUGCCUGGCUUAGAGCAGAAACAGGAGCCUGCUGUGGCCGCGCCUGUUGCCUCUCCGCCAGUAGAGACGGAAGGCACGGAUGCCGGACCGGGGCCCGCUGUGCCCUCAUAG